AUGAGCUCCCAGCGAUGGAUGCUCUCGGUCUGCUUCUCCCUGCUUACAGUAUUUGGGACGGGAGAGUCCAUGGCAACAUCAGAAUCACGGAAAUACACUUGCAGGACCUUCGGCAGCGGGGUCGUCCAGCCUUUCAACGGUUCGGCCUUCUACCUGCGCUCCAACUGCCAGACCAUCCUCACCCGCUUCACCCACAACCGAGUCGAAUGUGACAUCACCGUACGGAGAGGAGACAGCGGCCUGCUGGCUCAAAUCGAGAUCAUCAUCAACAAAGUCAGGACCGUUAUUCGGAAUGGAAGCAUCCAGGUGGAGAAGAAAAGCGUCUCCCUUCCGUACGACCACACCUACCAGCACGUAUUUCACUACGGCAUCUACACCAGACUGAGGAGCUCGCUGCUUCCUCUGUCGGUCACCUGGCACGACGUACCAGGAGGAGCCGACACUCUCUGGGUGGAGCUGGACCAGGAGCCGAGCUCUGACAUGACUGGACUGUGUGGGAGGCACAAUAUGUCAGGCAGCAACCAGCAGCUGACUGCAGAGAGCAUCCUCGCAGAAGACACAUGUCAAACUCGAGAUCCUGUCCCCGCUGAUAAUUUAGUAUGCAAUCAGUUCUUUUCACACGCGAUGACUUGUCUUGGAGCCCAGACACGUCCAUACCGAAACCUCUGUAUGAAGAACAUUUACGGCCAUGAAAGCAACAAAUACAUCAGCUGUGCUUUCUUCAAAGAGAUCGCCCUGCAGUGUGGAAACAGCAGCUACAUCUGGAACAAGUGGAGAUCUGUGACUGAAUGUGCUCCACCAACGUGCCCCGGAGAACUAGUUUAUGUCGAACAGGGUGACGCUUUUGUUCGUAGCUGCUCCAACGUGAACCCCAGAUCGUGCAGGCAGGAGAUCACCAGCUCCUGCGUCUGUCCAGCAGGGACGGUGCUGAAUGACCAUGCAGAUGGAUUCCCCUGUGUGAAUGCGUCCAGCUGCCCCUGCGUGUUCAAUGACAGGAGCUACUCAACGGGGGAAAUACGCAGCACCAAGUGUCAGUCAUGUCAGUGCGACGGUGGGAGGUGGCGUUGCUCAGAAAACUCCUGCCCUCCCAAGUGUGUCAUCGAAGGACAGUUUGUGACGACAUUUGACGGCAAACAUUACGCCAUCCCUCGUAAAUGCAGAUACAUGGCCUCACAGGGCCUCAACUGGACUAUAAAAAUUGAGUUUUCUGACAAUGAAGCAUCUUUGCGAGCAGUUGUACUACAGAUUUUCCAGGAAACAUAUACUUUCACACGCAACAUGGUUAAAUUCGGGGAGGAGGAUAUCACUGAGCUUCAUCAGUCUGAUCACACAUUGGUUUUCUGGGAGUCAUCGAUGUACGUUCAGGUCCACACAUCCUUGGGCAUGAAGAUCCAAGUCCAGGUGUUUCCGGAAAUCCAGCUUUACAUCACACCUCCACCAAACCAUACUGGCAUGAUCUCAGGUCUCUGUGGCAACAAUAACAAUGAUAGCACGGACGACUUCACCACCAGCAGCGGGAUCAUCGAGAACUCAGCGAAGCUCUUUGCUUCGUCCUGGACUUCGUGUGAUUGUACAGGGGACAUACGCAGCCCCUGCAUCAACACUGGCAACGAGAUAUUUGCAGAUGAAAAGUGCUCUGUGCUCAAUGAGCCAAAUGGGAUAUUUGCCAAGUGCCAUGGAUACAUCCCAACUGAUCAGUACCACACAGCAUGCAUCCAACGGACCUGUAACUGUGGCAACAAUCUGCAACAGUGCCUGUGUGUUGCCUUGGGAAACUACGCUAAAGCGUGCGCCGAUCUGGGCGUUGAACUCGGUGACUGGAGGAAGACUGGCAACUGCACUCUCAACUGUCCGAAGAACCAGGAAUUCUCCUACGAAACCCGGGCCUGUAACCGUACAUGUGGGUCCCUGUCUGGCCCUGACCCUCGCUGCGAGCUGGAAGAUGGUCCAGUGGAGGGAUGUGGCUGUCCAGAGGGAACCCACCUCGACCAAGGAGACGAAUGCACCCCAAAGACACAGUGUUGGUGUCAUCACCGGGGCGGUCCAAAACCCCCAGGACCUGUAGUUAUUGAUGGACGACAGUGCCUUUGUGAAGAUGGGGAACUGCACUGCUCCGAAGACUGUGGUUGCAGAAACGGGAAGGUUUGUGUUCACUACUCGGACUAUCCGGUGAAUACGGCUCACAAAACAUGCGACAGUCUCAGCAAACCAUUGAGGUCCAACAUGACCUGUGUGAGCGGCUGUCACUGCCCACAUGACCAAUACGAGGAUCACCGUGGAAACUGUGUGUCUAGAGACAACUGCACCUGUGUUUACAGCGGCAGAGUGUUCGGUGCAGGACGGCACGUCAAGACCAACUGUAAAACAUGUGUCUGUGGUCAAGGCCAGUGGCGCUGCACGGAUGAACCGUGUCCUGGAACGUGCCAAGUUUAUGGAAAUGGACAUUACCAGACUUUUGACUCUAAGUGGUAUCGCUUUGAUGGACACUGUCAGUACACACUUGUGGAGGACCACAGCGGCACCUUCUCUAUCAGAGUGGAGACUGUACCCUGCUGUGACGAGGCGCUGACAUGUUCCCGCUCCAUCAUCCUGGACCUGGAGGGUGAAGUCACCCUGACUCUGAGUGAUAUGAAGGUGACCAGACGCCUCCAAAACGGCUGGUCUGUGGAGUCUGAUCUUCUUUACAGCACACACAGUGUGGGACUCUACAUCAUAAUCACAGUGCCGAGCAAAGGUCUGAGUCUCAUAUGGGACAAACACACCAGGAUCAGCGUAGAGCUGCAGCCAUACUGGAGGAACAAAGUCGGUGGGCUCUGUGGGAAUUUUGACUCCAAUGAGAUGAAUGAUCUGCAGAUAAAUGGCUCAGAAGUGAUGAGCAGUCCUCUGGCAUUUGGGAACAGCUGGAAGGCUGCUACUCCUCCUUGCUGUGACGUGACCACUGAGAUAUUUCCGUGUGAACGCAACUCCUAUUGUUCAGCCUGGGCCCAGCGGCGCUGUAUGAUCCUUAAGGGGGCCACCUUCAUAGACUGUCACUACAAGGUGGAUCCAGAACCAUACUACCAAGCCUGCGUGCAGGAGUCCUGCUCCUGUGAGUUUGAAGGGAAGUUCCUUGGUUUCUGCACGGCUGUGGCGGCCUACGCAGAGGCCUGCAGUGACCAGGACGUGUGUAUAAACUGGAGGACACCUGACCUGUGUCCGGUCUACUGUGACUACUACAACGAGCAGGGCCAGUGUAGCUGGCACUACGAACCCUGUGGUGGGAUGCUGACCUGUGGCAAAGACAGCUAUUUCACGCGCAAACUGGAAGGCUGCUACCCAAGGUGUCCAGAGGAGGCAUCAUAUUACGAUGAGAAUACUGGUGCAUGCACCACAUUGAGGAACUGCUCCUGUUAUUUCAAUGACACUGUUGUUCCGGCUGGAAAAGUGGUAAUAAUAAACUCCAUUUGGUGGACUUCCAACUCCAACCCCUACGACAGAGUCCUCACCAUUUACCACGGCCACUACUUCAUCGUUUACCUCUAUGACUAUAACACCAAACACAACAAUACCCAUCUCUACACCAACAACUGGUCCUGUGGUGAGACGUGGAUAGAGGACUGCUUUGAAAAGCUCUGUAAAUAUGGGAAGAUAGAGUUAACUCCAGUGGUUUGUCCAGAGUCUGCCAUUCCCAGCUGUCCCAGAGAUCUGACCGUUAAGGUCACAGAUGGAUGCUGUGAAACAUGGACCUGUGAUUGUCGCUGUGAACUAUACGGGGACCCCCACUACAUUUCUUUCCAAGGUGUAAACUUUGACUUCCUGGAGGAAUGCUCUUACAUCUUGGUAGAAGAGCGGUCACCACGUUAUCAUCUGAUCAUCGCCGUGGAGAACGUUAACUGUGUCCCGGGUUUCAACGGCUCCUGUGCUACAGGCAUUAUCCUGAAAUAUCAGAACAAUACAGCAACACUCAGAAUUCACAACUUUAUUGGUGUACAGGCCACUCUGAACAAUGAGACCAUACAGCCACCAUACGAAGAAGCUGGGUUGAGGUUUGAGACCACAGGAUACGAAGUCUUCGUCCAUCUCCCAGAUAUACGUUCCUUCGUCUCCCUCACUCCUUCAUAUACCGUGGUGGUCAGUGUGGCCAUGGAGCACUUCCUCAACAACACCCAGGGACAAUGUGGUGAGUGUGGAGGUGCAUCGUGUGUCCGUAGAGGAGGGCAAAUAGAAGACGACACCUGCUGUGAUAAGACGGCUUAUGACUGGGUAUACGCUGAUCCUCUGAAACCAGCCUGUUCACCAAAAAGUGUGCCCUGUGGGGCUGGACCAUCUUCAGCACCCCUGCCACGCUGUCUUCCGAACCCACUGUGUGAACUGCUGCAUCACCACAAACAUGUGAAUCUGACACUUAUAAAGAAGAACUGUGAGUUUGAUGCGUGCAGAAACCUCAAUGCUUCUUGCUCUUCUCUGGAGCAAGCUGCUGAGAUGUGUAAACCUCCCUGCAUCGACUGGAGAGGACUAACUAAUGGAAGCUGUGAUGUACAGUGUCCAGAGGGACUGGUGUACAAAGAAGGUCAAAAUAAGCUGGAUGACUUCUGCUACGGAGGGGUACGUCAACCAGGAGCCCCCCUCGUUAAAAUGAGGGCAGGCUGCUUCUGCCCCAACGGCCUUCUCAGAGCAGGAAACCACUCCAAUGUUUGUGUGAAUGACUGUAACUUCUGCAAAGGAGCUCUUGGUGAGCCUAGACUGCCUGGUGAGGUGUGGUGGUCCAAUUGCCACAUGUGUACCUGCAACAAUCAGACAUGUACUGAGGAGUGUGUUCCCAGCAACGCUGUGCCAAAAGCUUUCCGUGGCCGUUACGGUGAUUGUAACGCGACUUGUGGUUGGAGACAGAUGGAGAGACGUGUCUCGUCCCUGCAGCUCACUCAGCUGCACCAGCGAGGGCCUUCAGAUCGAGACAAAGGUCUGUCCCACAGAGGACUGCUCUGA